AUGGAGUCUUCGGACAACCCCGCGAAGCAAUCUGAUGAUAACAACAGCGACGACAGCAGUAAAGACCUCUCCUUUAUCAGCAAUCUGUUUGCUGCGGCCAGCCAAUUGCGCCACCCCCCGCUCAUCUCGUCGCAAGAAGAAACAAGGCAGCCAGAAGGAGCUGCCCAUCAAGAUCACCAAGAAGAGCCUUCGCCUCCCCCGGAGCGACAACAGACUGAACGUGGUCUGUCCAACGCUUCCAACUCAGGUUCCUCUGUCUCCCCUUGUGGAAACCAUCGUGAUGAACGUCCUUCCCACCACAUUGCCGUGAAUAUAACGGAGAACUCCAAGUACAUUCGUCUGCGUCUGAACAUCAAUGGCACAAAAGUGAGGGAUAUCUAUGUUGGAGUGCAGCAGGGAGUGCUGGUGAUUCGGGGAACCCGCUACUCUCGAGUUUUGAAGAACAAGGACCUCGUGGAGGGGCUACUACAGCGCCAUCGUUUCUGUCGUCGCUUUGUCAUUGACACAGACGUCAUUGACUGCCCCCACAUUACCGCCAACCUGGAUGCAGCGGGAAUACUGACCGUGGUUGGGCCCAAGAAGAGUGCUCCCUGUAGAAUCCAUGUCACUGUCACACGAAACCAGCAUGAAGAAGAAGAGGAAGAACUAGAUCCCUUUGUGGCUGCUGCAAUGUUUGGCAGUGCAAUGGAGCCAUGA